GUGCGCAGAGUCCAGAACUAAAGUAAGUGCAUGCGUAAAAGCGUUUGGGCGCAUGCGUAGACCCAGGCGUUGCCAACCCAGGGUAGACGACUGGGCGGAACCAAAGAGAGAGUUGAGUAGCCAUUGGGUAACGGCAAAGUAAUUGGCGCACAGCUCUUCCAAUGAGUUACAGGAGACGGGGAAAAGGUGGAGGCGUGGACUCCCCUAGUUGCAGCGAGUGUUCUGCACUACCGAAGCACGCCCCUCUCGACCCGCCUCCUUUAAUGAUGGACCUCCUACGUCCCGAUCGUGUCUCGUCUCCCAGCGGCGUCUACUUCCGGGUCAGAGCUCAGACCUAGGGUGCAGAGAACAACCUUUCGGAACAGGCAGGAAUAGUCGAAAAAAGAUAACGUCGUCUCUUAAAGUGACAGGCUCAAAGCAAUUGGGUUGCCCUAUCCAGAGGUUGUGAGGGCGACUCAGCUAUUCUGAAUCCAGUCGUGGGCAAAGUUCUGGACAAGUCUCAAGAUUCUGCCAAUGGGGAAGGGAUAUGAAGAAGCGGAUUGUUUCCCAGGUGAGGAGAAGAGCAGAACCUUAGACAAUCCACUCCAAGAGCUUGAGGUGCAGCCAGUUCCGUCUGUCCUCCAGUCUUCCCCACCCCAUCCCACUAGCUCUGCGAGGCAGAGCUUUCUUGUUCUCAUAUCAUAUAUGAAAAGAAUGGCCGGGCGCGGUGGCUCACGCCUGUAAUCCCAGCACUUUGGGAGGCCGAGGCGGGCAGAUCACGAGGUCAGGGGUUUGAGACCAGCAUGGCCAACGUGGUGAAACCCGUCUCUACCGAAAAUACAAAAAUUAGCCGGCCGUGGUGCCACGCGCCGGUAGUCCCAGCUACUCGGGAGGCUGAGGCAGGAGAAUCGCUUGAACCCGGGAGGCAAAGGUUUCAGUGAGCUUCGACUGCGCCAUUGCGUACCAGCCUGGGCGACAGAGAAAGACUCCGUCUCAAAAAAAGAAAAAAGAAAGAAAGAAAUUAAUGAGGCUCAGAAUCGAUGGAUCGCAUAGUCCCACAACUUCACAGCCAAGACCAGAUUCGGCUUCACCCCCUUCCCAAGUGUGGUUCUGUAACCCCGUUUUGCUGACGCCACUGAGGAUGCAGAGGGCAGAGAUGGCCUAUCCUUAGCAGAGACCAACCUGCACCCUAGCCAGCAGAGCACGCAGUUGGAGGCUUUUCUUUCUAUAUCUCAAAGCCUGCUGUGAUGGGGGACCUGGUUCUGCCCUUUCCCUUCUCUGCCUCUCCUGGCCCGCCUACCCGGGAACUCCCCUGCUGGAGCCUCUGGGAGGGGAGCGGUGCAGGCCGCCCGCGUCAUCUGAUGCUGUUUCCUGCUGGAGGGAGAAGAGCGGAAAAAAGUGAAACUCCACCCUCCACCUCUGCCUCCCGCCCCCGAGGCCAAAGUACAAAGGCAGGAGGAAGAAGGGAGCGGGGUCGGAGCCGUCGGGGCCAAAGGAGCCGGGGCCAGGAACAGGCAGUCUGAGCCCAACUGUGGACGCUCCCUCCACCCCCGCGCAAAAAGACCCAACCGGAGUUGAGGCGCUGCCCCUGGAGGCCCCACCUUACGCUUGGCGGGGGCCGGAGCCAGGCUCCCAGGACUGCUCCAGGACCGAGGGAAGCUCGGGCCCCUCCAAGCUAGCCAUGGUGAGGCGUCGGAGGCCCCGGGGCCCCACCCCCCCGGCCUGACCACACUGCCCUGGGUGCCCUCCUCCAGAAGCCCGAGAUGCGGGGGGCCGGGAGGCGACACUCCUGGCUCCCCAGAGAGGCGUGGGUCUGGGGCUGAGGGCCAGGGCCCGGAUGCCCAGGUUCCGGGACUAGGGCCUCGGCAGCCAGCGGGGGUGGGGACCACGGGCACCCAGAGAAGGUCCUCCACACAUCCCAACGCCAGCUCCCGGCCAUGGAGCCCUUGAAGAGCCUCUUCCUCAAGAGCUCUCUAGGGUCAUGGAAUGGCAGUGGCAGCGGGGGUGGUGGGGGCAGUGGAGGAGGCCGGCCUGAGGGGUCUCCAAAGGCAGCGGGUUAUGCAAACCCGGUGUGGACGGCCCUGUUCGACUACGAGCCCAGUGGGCAGGACGAGCUGGCCCUGAGGAAGGGUGACCGUGUGGAGGUGCUGUCCCGGGACGCAGCCAUCUCAGGAGACGAGGGCUGGUGGGCAGGCCAGGUGGGUGGCCAGGUGGGCAUCUUCCCGUCCAACUAUGUGUCUCGGGGUGGCGGCCCGCCCCCCUGCGAGGUGGCCAGCUUCCAGGAGCUGCGGCUGGAGGAGGUGAUCGGCAUUGGAGGCUUCGGCAAGGUGUACCGGGGCAGCUGGCGAGGUGAGCUGGUGGCUGUGAAGGCAGCUCGCCAGGACCCCGAUGAGGACAUCAGUGUGACAGCUGAGAGCGUUCGCCAGGAGGCCCGGCUCUUCGCCAUGCUAGCACACCCCAACAUCAUUGCCCUCAAGGCUGUGUGCCUGGAGGAGCCCAACCUGUGCCUGGUGAUGGAGUAUGCAGCUGGUGGACCCCUCAGCCGAGCUCUGGCAGGGCGGCGCGUGCCUCCCCAUGUGCUGGUUAACUGGGCUGUGCAGAUUGCCCGUGGGAUGCACUACCUGCACUGCGAGGCCCUGGUGCCCGUCAUCCACCGCGACCUCAAGUCCAACAACAUUUUGCUGCUGCAGCCCAUUGAGGGUGACGACAUGGAGCACAAGACCCUGAAGAUCACCGACUUUGGCCUGGCCCGAGAGUGGCACAAAACCACACAAAUGAGUGCCGCGGGCACCUACGCCUGGAUGGCUCCUGAGGUUAUCAAGGCCUCCACCUUCUCUAAGGGCAGUGACGUCUGGAGUUUUGGGGUGCUGCUGUGGGAACUGCUGACCGGGGAGGUACCGUACCGUGGCAUUGACUGCCUUGCUGUGGCCUAUGGCGUAGCUGUUAACAAGCUCACACUGCCUAUCCCAUCCACCUGCCCCGAGCCCUUCGCACAGCUUAUGGCAGACUGCUGGGCGCAGGACCCUCACCGCAGGCCCGACUUCGCCUCCAUCCUGCAGCAGUUGGAGGCGCUGGAGGCACAGGUCCUACGGGAAAUGCCGCGGGACUCCUUCCAUUCCAUGCAGGAAGGCUGGAAGCGCGAGAUCCAAGGUCUCUUCGACGAGCUGCGAGCCAAGGAAAAGGAACUACUGAGCCGCGAGGAGGAGCUGACGCGGGCAGCGCGCGAGCAGAGGUCACAGGCGGAGCAGUUGCGGCGGCGCGAGCACCUGCUGGCCCAGUGGGAGCUAGAGGUGUUUGAGCGCGAGCUGACGCUGCUGCUGCAGCAGGUGGACCGCGAGCGACCGCACGUGCGCCGCCGCCGCGGCACAUUCAAGCGCAGCAAGCUCCGGGCGCGCGACGGCGGCGAGCGCAUCAGCAUGCCACUCGACUUCAAGCACCGCAUCACCGUGCAGGCCUCACCCGGCCUUGACCGGAGGAGAAACGUCUUCGAGGUUGGGCCUGGGGAUUCGCCCACCUUCCCCCGGUUCCGGGCCAUCCAGUUGGAGCCUGCAGAGCCAGGCCAGGCAUGGGGCCGCCAGUCCCCCCGACGUCUAGAGGACUUAAGCAAUGGAGAGCGGCGAGCCUGCUGGGCUUGGGGUCCCAGUUCCCCCAAGCCUGGGGAAUCCCAGAAUGGGAGGAGAAGGUCCCGCAUGGACGAAGCCACAUGGUACCUGGAUUCAGAUGACUCAUCCCCCUUAGGAUCUCCUUCCACACCCCCAGCACUCAAUGCCACAGCAAACUGAGAGCCGCAGCCCCCAGGGAUACAACGAAUGCUCCCACAAUAUGAGAUUGCAGAUGUGUGGCCAGAAGGCCACCCGCCUGAGGUUUCGUGAAAGCACUGGAAACCGUGGUAGUUACUGUUCUUGAUAAGAGUCUGUCAGCCUCAACACCAAUGCCCUUCCUGGCUGAUGAAGAAAUGGAUUGCCACUUGCCCCGAAAGGAUGUCAGCUGCCGCAGCUCAGUGGCUGGCUGAGCACGUGGUUCCCCUAGCCCAAUUCCACACUCCACACACCAUCUGGGUCCGUGAAAAUACAUGACAUUGACCUCACAGCCACCCACAGAAACCCAGUUAAGAAUCAAAGAAUGGGGCCUCACAGAGAUCCCAGACCCUGUGAGAUGGUCCCAGGCAUAAGCCACACCACUAGAGAGCCACACACCCCAUCACCCUGUCCCCAGCGGCCUGUUCUGGCCCCUGGAGAGCUGGUUGCAAGGAGUGGCACAUUGGCAGGGUACACUCAGCUACACUGAUAGCAACUGCCCUGUGAAGCUUGUUGUCUUGGAGUCAAUAACUACGUGGCCGUGUCCUCCCUAUGAGGCCCCAUGGAAGCAGUUUCACCUCUGUCUAUCUUUAGGUCAAGAAGAGUCACGUAGCUUUCUCCUAAACAACAGAGUUGCUAACUCUUGCUGCCAGGAAGUUUAGAGGCAGAUUCAAAUCCUAGCUGGAUUAUGUUGACCAAGUCACUUACCCUUCAGAACCUCAGUUUCUCAGGCCAUUGACUGCAGGAACUUCUGUUCAUUCUCAUUUUGUCUGCUGGACCCUAUCUUCUCUUCCCUUUGUUUCAGUUCUCUCUUUUAUUAGUUAAGACAGAGUCUAUUUCUAUCACCCAGGCUGGAGUGCAGUGGCACAAUCAUGACUCUCUGCAAACUCUGCCUCCCGAGCUCAAGUGAUCUUCCCACCUCAGCUUCCUGAGUAGCUGGGACUAC